AUGAGCCACCGAGGAGUCCCGCCAACCGUGGCACGGAAACAAUUUGUCGGCGGUGCGGACCACACUCCGUACCACACUCCCUACCACACUCCGUACCACACUCCAUACCACACUCCCUACCACACUCCAUACCACACUCCGUACCACACUCCCUACCACACUCCGUACCACACUCCGUACCACACUCCGUACCACACUCUGUACCACACUCCAUACCACACUCCCUACCACACUCCCUACCACACUCCGUACCACACUCUGUACCACACUCCCUACCACACUCCGUACCACACUCCGUACCACACUCCGUACCACACUCCCUACCACACUCCGUACCACACUCCGUACCACACUCCGUACCACACUCCGUACCACACUCCCUACCACAUUCCAUACCACACUCCCUACCACACUCCGUACCACACUCUGUACCACACUCCAUACCACACUCCAUACCACACUCCCUACCACACUCCAUACCACACUCCCUACCACACUCCAUACCACACUCCAUACCACACUCCCAACCACACUCCCAACGACACUCCGUACCACACUCCGUACCACACUCUGUACCACACUCUGUACCACACUCCCUACCACACUCCGUACCACACUCCCUACCACACUCCGUACCACACUCCCAACCACACUCCAUACCACACUCCCUACCACACUCCGUACCACACUCCGUACCACACUCCGUACCACACUCCCUACCACACUCCCUACCACACUCCAUACCACACUCCCUACCACACUCCGUACCACACUCCCUACCACACUCCAUACCACACUCCCUACCACACUCCCUACCACACUCCGUACCACACUCCGUACCACACUCCGUACCACACUCCCUACCACACUCCAUACCACACUCCGUACCACACUCCCUACCACACUCCGUACCACACUCCCUACCACACUCCGUACCACACUCCCUACCACACUCCGUACCACACUCCCUACCACACUCCAUACCACACUCCAUGCGAGCACUUCAGACGGGAGCGGUCCAGACGGGAGCGGUUCCAGACGGGAGCGUUCCAGACGGGAGUGCUCCAGACGGGAGCACUUAAGACGGGAGCGUUCCAGACGGGAGCGUUCCAGACGGGAGCACUUCAGACGGGAGCGUUCCAGACGGGAGCGUUCCAGACGGGAGCACUUCAGACGGGAGCGUUCCAUACGGGAGCGUUCCAGACGGGAGCACUUCAGCUACACGUGUAG